AUGGCAAGGCGGACAUUUUGAGUCAGGGCAAGAAGGCAUGAUGAUGUGGUAGCGUCUAGUUUACCCAUAGACACAACCAUGAUGAUAUAGAUGGAAUAGCUGCUGUAGGGGAGCUCCCAGCGCGUUGCCAUGGUGACCGGCAAAGCCUGACUACGUCACUUCCGGGCAGGCCGUGACGCCGAGACCGGAAGUGCGGGACGGGGAACGCCUAGACACUCCGUGGUCCGCGCAGCUGGGAGUCGUGAUUGUGGGGAACCUUCAGGAGAGAUCCAGUGGAUCAGGUCGGACAGAUACCAAAAAUGAUAUUUUCAGUGACAUUUUAUCUUCAAACCAAGGCAGCUCCCGCUUCAUGUUACAAGGAGACAUUGCUGUCAAAAGAAACAGGAACGCUCUGGUUUGCAGAGGAAAAUCUUGUCUCUGGCCAAAAUCGGGAGAGGGUCUAGUCCGUGUGCCUUAUACCCUGUCCAACAACUACACGACUGAGGAAAAGGAGGUGAUCCGAGCCGCCAUGGAGGAGGUGAGCGCCCUGACGUGUAUAAGGUUCAUUCCACGACACAAGGAACCCGAUUACUUGAGGAUCCAACCCUUAUCUGGGUGCUGGUCAUACAUUGGACGUGUAGGGGGUGCACAGGACAUUUCCCUCAUGAAAACAGGGUGCCUGCACUGGGGUAUAAUACAACAUGAGCUGCUUCAUGCCCUGGGAUUCCAACACGAGCAGUGCCGCAGCGACCGGGACAAGUACAUUCGCAUUAACUGGGGAAACAUCAGCCAAGACAAGGAGCGGAACUUCUACAAACUGAGCACCCAAAACCUAGGCGUGCCGUAUGAUUACCGCUCCGUUUUGCACUACGGCAAAUUCGCAUUCGCGAGUGACACUGGGAAGCCGACCCUUGAGCCUACUGGUGACCCCCAGGCUGUGAUUGGUCAGCGCAUUGGGUUAAGUUCUAUGGAUGUAGUGAAGAUCAACAAACUCUUCCAGUGCAAUGUCUGCAGUUACCUGUUGCCAGACGCUCAGGGCACAUUUUCAUGGGAGUCCAAACAGCAUCCAAACAUUUCCACUUGUAUGUGGCUGAUCCGUGUCCCGGAGGGCAAGGUUUUCCUGCAAUUUGAAUCAUUCAGUGUUCAGUCUUCUUCAGCCUGUUCUCAGAGUUCUGUUACUGUGUAUGACGGAAUGCACGCAAACUCCCCCAUUCUCCUCCAGAAGACCUGCGGAAAUGUGCGUCCUCUGGGGCAGGUGGCCUCCGGUAACGUGGUGAGGCUAGAGUUAGCCAGCAGAGGGAUUGGAGUCAACUUUAAGGCGAUUUAUAAUUCCAUAAAUUGCGGGAGAACUUUAACCAGCACAACUGGAAACUUCUCAUCUCCAGGAUUUCCUGCUAAAUACCCCAACUCCAUUAACUGUGUCUGGGUCCUAUCAGCACCUGCUGGGAACAAGAUUACACUCCAUGUCGCUCCGUUCAGCUUGGAAUUCUCACCAAACUGCUCCUAUGAUCAUUUUCUCCUCCGUGAUGGACACAGACAGAAGAAGAAAUGUGGUCUCCUUCCCAUGUUGGAUUUUAUAUCAACUACCCAUUCCCUACUGGUGUAUUUUCACAGUGACUCCUCGGUGCAGGAAAAGGGCUUCUUUGCUACUUACUCUUUCACUCCCAUAUCAGAAAGAGCCUUGAAGAACAAAGGCAUUCCACGCUGACCUAUGGCAGUAACACACGUAGUCUUCUCGCUGGUCAGCAGAUGGCGCUAUGGACUCACAGCUCAAAUAUACAUUGGCCUCAGUACGCAGAGACGAAAAAAAACAGAUGAUAAAAAAUAUUAUCUUGUCUGAUCUGAACAGCCAUUAAAUCUUAUAUUAAAGUUAUCUCUUCACCAAGAAAACACGCUUGUAGAAACUAGAAAGUGAAUACAUGUAAACAUCAAGAUUUAUCAGUUCAAAAUAAAAUGUCAUUUAAAAUCUA